AUGAGUGGAGUCAACAUUGGAAGUCACGUUACUCGGCAAUUGCGCUCGCAAUGGCUUCGUCAAUCACACCUCCAUACUUCAACCAAAUUGCAGCUACCUCGGUUCUCAGUUAGUCGAACGAGUCCCACAAAUCGUACUAGAGUCACCAAGGAAAUAACGCCCGAGGAAGUUCAAAAAUUUAGGGAAGCACAAGAACGUGCUAAAGAAAGAGGUUCUUUUGACCAAAGUUCAUCGCCAUAUACUGCUCGGGAUGAUUUCCCAUCUCAUCAAUCGCAAUUCUACAUUCCAAACAACACCAAUGGGAUAAUAACUCCUCAAGAUCCUAUAUACGAUAUCUUAUCAGAGCCUACUUUGGUGAUUGAAAGACAAAUUGAGUUUAUGAAUUUGUUUAUUGGCUUUGAACAAGCUAACAACUAUACAAUUAUGAAUUCUAGUGGGCAACCAAUUGGUUUUAUGAGGGAAAAGGAUAUCGGUUUUGGUCGGACUUUAGGACGUCAAUUUUUUCGAUUGCAUCGUCCUUUUGAUAUUGAUGUUUUUAACAUGCAAGGAGAGUUGGCCCUAAGUAUCAAGCGUCCAUUUUCAUUUAUAAACUCUCAUAUUAAGGCAUUGUUGCCCGGAUAUGAUCACAACAAUGAAAUCAUGUAUGAAAUAGUUGGAGAAAGUGUACAAAGAUGGCAUUUAUGGAGACGGAAAUAUAAUUUGUUUAAAUUGGAGGAUGAAAAGACUGAUGAUUAUGAGCAAUUUGGAGAUAUUGAUGCGCCAUUUUUGUCGUUUGAUUUCCCAAUCAAGAAUGAACAUGGUAAAGUUAUUGCCAGCAUUGAUAGAAACUGGGUUGGUUUGGGUAGAGAAAUGUUUACCGAUACCGGUGUUUAUAUCGCGAGAUUCGAUCCACAAAGUUUCCAAGGGAUGGAAAGUUACUAUGGCGAUAUUAGUUCCAGUGGUGUUACAAUAGAUCAAAGAGCAGUCAUUUUGUCAUGUCUUACUAGUAUUGACUUUGAUUACUUCUCAAGACAUAGUGGCGGACAUGGGUUGUUUUCAUUUGGUGGUAGCUAUGACGAUGUAUAG